AUGCAAUCGCCUCCGUUGGGCGCUGCGGAACACCAAACGAAGAGCCAAAAGACCCCCCACUAUCCAACCCAGCGUGAGCGCCUCGUCGGGGUGUCAAGAGACUCCAAAAACGGCCCCGUGGUCGCGUGCAGAAGAAACGAUGCUGGUGCAACGUCGCAAAGGUACAUUGCGUCACUCCGGUUGGCUGCGCCGUGUCCUAGCGAGGUCGGUGGCGCCCGCCGCCCCCAUCGUAGAGGAGCCCCGCCCCUUCAACAGGCUGUCCCCCAGGCAGCCCCAGCGGACCGGACAUUGCUGCGCCAGGCCGCUAUAACGCAUAUAUGCCGGGCGAUCGCCGGCUCACGAGCGGGCGCCAAACCAAAGUGGUGCCAGCGGGGCGCUGGCUCUGCGGGAGGGGAUCGGGCGCUUUCGGCCCUGCGCAAUGGGCGGGCGGCGGCGCACACGAAACGCCGUUUUAUGACGACCGAUGGGGAACAAUUUUGA